CUGGAGACGAGCGCAGACUGCGGCGGAUCUCAAAUCGCUCUUUUCGCUCCGCGAUCACUCACUCAGCACGACUGGGGAGAAAUGUUCAAGACGGGGCACUACCCGAGCGCGGAGCCCGCGCCCGCCGCCAUGCACGGCGGCGCCUGGUGGCUCGCCCGGCACAGCGCGGCGCCCGCCCCGCCGGCCCCGGAGAAGCCCAAGAAGAACGCGUUCAGCCUGGCUAAAAUCAUGUCCCUGGGCGGUGGCAAGAAGGGCCAGCGCGCCGUCGACGCGCACUACAACAACAACAACAACACGCCCUUCGCCAUCCACUGCCACAUCGGCAAGGAAAUCAAGCACAUUUGCAGCAACUGCAGCCGCGGAAACGACACGCAGGACGCCGAGGAGGUCGAGAGGCUGGCCGCGAUGCGAGCCGAGUCCUUGGUCUCCGGCGCCCACACUCCCCCCAUCCGAUGUCACAGCAGGCUUGCCACGCUAGGACGCCUCCUCAAGCCCUGGAAAUGGAGGAAGAAGAAGAGCGACAAGUUCAAGCAGACUUCAGCCGCGCUGGAGAGGAAGAUGUCAGUGCGACAGAGUCGAGAUGAACUGAUCAAGAGGGGAGUGCUAAAGGAGAUCUUUGAAAAAGCAACUGGUGAGUUUCGAUCCUCGAUGGACGGCGGCGUCUGCACUCGGGAGCCCCCCGUCAAGUCGUCCAUGCUCCUCGCCCCAAAGAAGUCUGUCACAUAUGCAGGCGACCUUCAGGACAACCCCACCAAGCCGCCGCUGUACCACAAGCAGCCUCCUGCUCUCCCUCCGAAGCCUUUUUCCCGCAUCCCAAACCAUAGCACAGAUUCUUGCCAGCCAUUGAAGUUGCCCUGCAUGCCCGGGGCAAAACACUCGCCGCCCCUGCCGCCCAAGAAAGUCAUGAUUUGCGUGCCUCCGGGGGGAUUGGACUGCUCCGUGUCCCCGUCUCCGCCCCCGAAUCCCCUCAGCACCGCGUCCCAAAAGUGCGGCCCGACCCAAGUGAUGCCGGGUCACCACGGCACCCUCCUGCCCUCGCAGCUCGCCGCUCUUUCCGCUUUCCACCAGAACCACGGUCAUCCUCUGCAACUGCAGUACGGCAGCUUGCACGCGCCGAGUCGCAUCAUCGAGGAGCUUAACAAAACCCUGGCGCUGUCCAUGCAGAGGUUCGAGAGCUCUUUGUUGCACGUCAGCAGUCAGUGCGCUCCUCUGGACAGAAGAGAAGUACCGUCGGUGAUCAUCGACUAUGAGGAUGAUAAGGAGAACAUGCCCAGCGAGUCCGACUACGAGGAUCUGCCUAGCAUGUACAAGGACGAGGAUGACGUAGACGACGACGACGAUGAGGAAGAUGACCACUCCAUAUUUACAAGCACGCUGGCUCAGAAGGUGCUCCGCAAAGACUCGUUGGCCAUCAAGCUGAGCAACCGUCCGUCCAAGAGGGAGCUGGAGGAGAAAAAUAUCCUGCCAGUGCAGACCGAUGAGGAGAGGCUGGAGUCCAGGCAGCAGAUUGGCACCAAACUCACAAGGCGCUUGAGUCAGAGGCCAACAGCAGAGGAGCUGGAGCAGAGGAAUAUCCUCAAACCUCGCAACGAGCAAGAGGAAAUCGAAGAGAAGCGGGAGCUAAAGCGACGGCUGACUCGAAAGCUGAGCCAGAGACCCACCGUGGAGGAGCUGAGGCAGGCCAAAAUCCUCAUCCGAUUCAGUGACUACGUGGAAGUCUCCGACGCCCAGGACUACGACCGGCGGGCAGACAAGCCCUGGACCCGGCUCACUGCAGCUGACAAGGCAGCUAUACGAAAGGAGCUCAAUGACUUCAAGAGCAACGAGAUGGAAGUGCACGAAUCGAGUCGCCAUUUAACCAGGUUUCACCGACCAUAGUAGACCAUCGCUGUGUCAAGCAGUGCUGCACAGGUAGAAAGAACCUUAAGUGCUGGAAAGUCAAAACGGUGCCCGUUUUUGCCAAUAAGGCCAUGUCUUCUGAAAUGCCUUUUUUUUUCUCCCCCCGAGACCCCAGACAACUGAGUCGGUACUACACCCACCAAUUAGUCCCCUCCCUCACCCCGCUGUAGUAGCACAUCAGUUCAGUUCUCUGCCCCCCCCGCCCCCUAACCAUUUUGUGCAAUUGGCUUAUUUGACGGUCUCCAAGCUGAGCUCUCAGGCGCUUAGUUGUCUAUUUGCUGGCUUCCGUCUUCUGAGUGUGACAGAACAUUUAGUCACCGGUGGACUUGACUGGUCACAAUGAUUCUUCUUGAUGAUGACUGUUCCCACGGAGCUCCCAAAGGGAGCAACUCUGCAGGAGGAUGCAGUCGCUGGAGGGGGAGGGAUUCAGCCAUCCAUCCAUCCAUCCGCUUACCGCAUUGGCGGGGAGGGGUGUCAUGUGACUGUGCAAUAUUUGAUUUGUUGCCAAUGCUUCUAGGGCCCUCUAGAGUUUGAUCUACGGUUCUGUUCUUCCCAUGUACUGUACCGUACCGACAAUGUUGUCAUCCAAGUUGCUUACUGUGAAAGCCGAGGGAUUGCUCUCUCCAAAUGUACAUUUUGUUUAUAUUGAACAAGUCAAAAAUCUAAUUUCCGUCACUUGUCAGAAUUGUGUACAUUUUAUGUAAAAACAAAACAAGCAACAAAAAAAAUCGCAUCUGACAGAUGUGAGUAUGUUUUAUAUUAUUUUAGUUUUUUUGUCUGUGCUCUUUGGAUGGAAGUAUUUUGGAAUGAAUACCAAGAGCAUGACUCAUUGCAGUGUUACCUUUAUUUUUGAAAGAGUAUUUGUCCCUGCAUUUUAUGAUACACAUUGCUUUCUUUUUACAAGCAAUAGCCUUUGCUCAUCAAGGGGUUGAACAACCCGCCACCCUGUCAUUUUUUUUUUUCUCUUCCAGUGCUUAUACAGAAAUGUGCGUUAUUUUUUAUGUUUUCACAUAUGCUACGUCAGGAUUACUUACCUGCUAUCAUCUCCACUGAGCCAAUUAGAUAUCUGCCUCGAUACAAAUGGAACAUGGUGACAAUUCCGGACAAUAAGUGGAUUUUAAUGGACUGAUUUUAAACUUUUUCAGUACCUUCAUAACCCAAGUCAUUUGCACUGUCGCUCAUAAGCUUUAUGGACACUUAAUGUUUUGGUCUUUAUUAAAAAAUUUUUUUUUACUGUAUUACAUUGAAUUAAGAUGUGAAGUGUAAGUCAGGUGUGGGGAAAUAUAGUAUGUCUUCUCCCUUGGAGAAUGAGUUCAAGCUGUGUGGUUUGCAUGCGUGUUGUAUUCAUUUGGAGCGCAGAUCAGUUCACAUUGUAACAGAGUUUCAACAGGUCAACUAGCUUCACUGAUGUUGACAAUGCGGGCAUUCCCCCCCCCUCGUAUAUUUUAUUAUUAAUUCAACACAAAAGGAAUGAUCUGUGGAUUUCCAUUUUGCCGGAUUUAAAAAAAAAAAAAAAGAGGAAAAUUAACUUUGCAAUAACCUUUUUCCUUUUCACAUGGAAGUUGGAGCAGCUCAAUAGAUUUCAGUGUGGUCCCGCCCCCCACCCACCCACACUUUUGGAAUACAGAAUGCCAUCUAAAGGAUACAUAAUGCCAAUUAAAAUCCCAUUUCU